AUGUCUGAGGCAAUGGAUGACGAAACUCGUAUGAAAAUUGAAGAAUGUACACGAGAUCAAUAUAAUUCCGAAUUAUGGAAAACAAUGAGGAUAGGUAGGAUCACUGCAUCCAACUUAAAAAAAGUAGCAUCGACAAGAAUCGACAAACCAUCAGUUGCUAUUCUAAAAUUGAUUUGCUAUCCGGAUAUGACAUAUUUCUCGACGCAAGCCACGCGAUACGGCAAAGCCAAAGAGAAAAACGGCUUCAAAAUGGUAGAAAAACACGCAUAUUAUUUUCAAACUCAGAUGCAAAUUGCUGUCACAGAAGCACGCUAUGGUUAUUUUUAUGUGUGGACCAAAAACGAAAACUUACUUAUUACAGUACCUAAAAAUGAUAGUUUCUGGAACAAAAACAAACAUAAAGCAAAUGUGUUUUUUAAAGCAGUUAUUUUGCCUGAGCUUUUGUCGCAGUAUUAUACUAAACGAACAAAUUGA